AUGACCGCUGUAUGUUCGAGCUACUACAACGCAAGCAAUGCAUUUGUGAACGGCUUCUCUUGUCCUAAACCAGAAAAUGACGCUCGGGCUACCUUCUGUUGUGGAUUCAUCGACAUGAAGUACUGCUGUGAUGACCCUAACAGCUUUUUCCCUUAUGAAUAUGGCUACAUGUGGUGGCUGAGUGUUGGCGCACUUGUGGGAUUGUCCAUAGCUGCAGUUGUUCUGCUGGCCUUUCUUGUAACAGUAUGUGUCCUCUGCUACCUCUUCAUCGUCACUAAACCCACACAUCCUGACAGUGGCUUGUCACUUAGAGCACUAGAACCCUCUGCAGCCCAAAGGCCUUCCGAGCCUCCAGGCGUGCGCAGGCUCUUCCAGAGCUGUAAGGUGGACUGUGACAGCCAGGCUUCAUCGGACCCGGAGUGCCUGUUCCAGCGUUGCUUCACAGCAACUGUGACCAGAGUGAACGAAUCUGCCCCCUCAUGAGGACUACCAUGGUGUUACUAGCUUUCUCUGGUCAGCCAUCUUGC